AUGCCUCGAGACAUGCUGAGGAUCGUGGACUAUGCUCGGCAGUUGGGUGAGGAUGGAUUAGUUUACACACGCUCAUGGCUUUCACAGUAACUCUAUCUCUCACACAGAGCCCAACACACACACACACGCACACACGCACACACACACACACACACACACACUCUACACACCCUGUACACACACCAGACGGCAUCUUAUCCCACACACUGUAAACCAAACACAUCACAGACUUCAAACCUCGAACAGGAAAGUUUAGGAGAGACUUUUCUGAUCAAAUCAAAUCAAAAACUCAGAGUCUGAACUUAAUUUAAGUACCAAACUGUAAGUAAUAGAUGUGCAACACAAAAGAGACAAGUACCAUCAGAAGGAGAAAACCAGAUUAGGUCCAAAAUACAGCAGAGUCUCAGUUUUUCACUUUGAUAGGACUCUGCGUCUCUAUUCUGCACAGCUCAGAGGGUAAACUGAGCCUUUUACUCCCCACCAAUGAUCCCACCGCUUAGGUUCCCACAGACGUAAUGUCAAUGUAUAUUUGAGUUACAAAUACAUACACCACUCCUUAAUGCCAUGACUUAAAUAACUGCAUGUAGGCAGUCACGCUAACACAAUAUUUACAGUUAUCAGAGAAGUUUCUGAUUAGCAGCGCAAAACAGAGAAUUAGAGCCACGUUAAAAAAAUAAAGUGUGUAAACAAAAGUUUUAAUGUGACAAGAAACAGAGUCAAAUAGAAAAAAAAAAUCAUUGUAUCAGGUUAAAAAAGUCAUUAUUUAUACCAACAACUUCCUGUAAAAUCCACUCGCUCUGUGAGACUGUCGGCUUCUGUUUCCCUCAGAGGAGAUCAGUGUGCUUUCACAGACCGUCCAAAUCUCGCUUACUUCGCUUAUAGGAGGCUGUUAUCUUUGUUAUGGUCCAUCAACUGAUCUGUGUUUGAUCAGUAAUUUAGUGGAUAAAUGUCCUAAAUCAGAGUAAAGGAUGAAGUGUUACGAGAGAGAGAAAAGCUGGCAGAAGCUGAAGGUUUUCCAUAUCUGCUCACAUCUGGUUCUCUUCACAGCCAGAUUAUUGCUUCUGUCUCCGUUUGUUUAUGUUUCUACAACACCUCAGCCGACUCCUGCAAGGCCUGCCUACACACUCAGUAACACACACUACAUGUGGAGCUACGCACAUAAAAAUACUGUACAUGCAAACAUUAUUUUACUGGGACAGGAGGCCCGAAACAUCGAAACACAGACAGGCAGAGUGUCGGCUGCUCUGUGGAGUGAGGGGAGCUCAGCAGAUGAAUUAGAGGAGUAAAUUUAUGAACGUAUGCCUGAUAUAAUGAGAGGAAACACAGAGAAAGUCAGGACCUGUACCCUAAAACAUCUGCAAAGAAACUGGAUGCUGAGAGGUGGGGUCGGCAGGAUCUAAGGAAGUUCCAGUUUUUAGGAGAAAUCUUGAAUGUAAACUCUACCCCUCCCAACCAGUUUUCCCCUCAGCUCCUCCUCUCCCCUCCCUCUCUGCUCGAGCAAGACCCGCCCACAAACAGACACUCCUGCUCGCUCGCGUCUUUCCAAUUAAAUUCAGAUAUAAUGCAGAUAAAUACUUGCGAUAAUUACAAAUGGGGCCCAGUCAACGUGAAAGUAAACAGCACUGGUGCUACUGUAGAUGCCAACAGACUACCAGCAAACACAAUGUUUGCAGGACUUCUACAACAAGGAUAAAGUGACAUAGUCCAGGACCCGAGGUCAACAGUUUAGCGGCGCUACAACAUGCAGCAGGUCCUGUUUGACAAGAAAAACUUAAGUUGACCCGGCUUUUUAGCUCUUUUCCGGUCUACCUCCUUUUAAGCCCACGUUAUUCCACCAGUCUCUGGUAUUUACUUUGUUUUCUUGUGUUGGCAGUUGUGGCUAAAGGAGGAUUCAGACAAUUUUCCGUACUUUCUGGUUGGUUUCUACUGUCCGAUAUUGUAGCACGCUUACUUUGUUUGGGCUCAUGAACGACACGGGGGAGUUGGAGGCGGAGAACGGCUUUGUUUACAGUUGGAAAGAGCGGGCCGCUCAAAAAUUUUAAAUGUUGACUACACAGACAUAAGAAAACACAGAGAUAUCAUUAUAUUCCCAAAUGUUAUCAAUAACUAAUAGCUAUUGACUGAUAUUAAAAGCUUUUUACCUCCGCCAAGGAAGUUAUGUUUUCGGUAGCGUUGGUUUGUUUGUUUGUUUGUUUGUUUGUUUGUCUGUGAACAACUUUACAGAGAAAGUUACAGACGGAUUCUCCUGAAAUUUUCACCAGAGGUGCGUCUCAGCCCCAGGACGAUCCAUUACAUUUUGGUGGUGAUCCGGAUCGUCUUCUGGAUCCAGGAAUUUUUUGAAGGAUUCUUUAUCAUUGUGAGAUAGGGCAAAUUUUGGAACUUUUGCAUUUAACUCUAUAAAAAUGGUCAGAGUCUUAAGUAAAAAAUUACACAAAAGGAUCUCAAUGAGUUUUAUAAGGUGUCAAAGGUUGAUCCUGAUCCAGACAAAAUUCCGGAUACUGUGAUCCAGAACACACAAAAAUAAGGGUGUUGUUGGAAUUUUCAAUGCUGAACAUACCAGUUUAAACACAAAUAAAAGUUAAUAAAAGACACGUAACACUAAAAGUUUUGGUGUGAAUCACAAUAUAAGGGGGGACAUGAGCUGCUUGGCGGAGGUCUGCGCUCUCCAAGUGCUUUUCUAGUUUGUAUAUAUACCGCAAAAAAAGAUGCUUCUUUGACAGAUUCCUGCCUAACCCACCUUUAAGGGGCAAGACCUCCGUUACAAUAGAUACUUCAAAAUGGCACCAAAGACCACCAGGAGAUGCUCUUUACUGGAAUUUCUGCAGGCUCUGUUUAUCAUCCUUUCCUCGACUCAAAUCGUGAACUUGUUGAUGUUGUUUGUUUUCAGAAAAUGAAAUAUUAAAAUAUAAAAGAUGCAGCCAGAGGAAACCGUCAAAGAUCUGUGCCAAUCUUUCCUUAACUGCUGAAAUCUGCCAUUUUUUAAUUCCAGUCUCAUAUUUUCUCGUCUUCCUGCAGUACAAACAAUCACUGUUGGCCUCUUUCCUCUCCUUCCCACCUCUUUUCAUUUCCUCCCCCUUUCCUCAGGUCUAAAUGGUGCAGACAGGAGUCUGAACAGCCCUCUGGGGGGGGAGGGGGGAGGUAAAUGAACAGCAUAUUUCUUUUUCAGGAGGAGGUGGACGGAUGCAAACCAACUGAGGGGAAAUUAAAACACGUAAAAUUAACACACCAGAACUUUUUACACAUUCCCCGAAGCCUCAGCACUAACAAUCUGUCCACGUCUCCGUGUCGGCGUGUUGUAGGAAGGAAAUCAAGCACAAAGUUUAUUUUAAGGUGGAAUUAUCAUCCAUACUUCAACUGUUUUCUUUCCAUCACCAGGUCCUCACCGACCGAAACUCUCUCACCUGCGGCACAAAUUCAAAUUCAUUGCACGAGAUGGUGAAUAGUCAAAAGCUGGGACGUAACAAAAAACAGUCUCGUGGUUCGGUCCAGGGUCUCCUUGGUCCUGUUUUUAGGAUCAUGAUGCUCUAAAUGAUUUCAGGUCAGGACCGUGUCAGUCCAGGACUCUUCUCCUACAGAGCCAUGUUGUUGUAAUCCCUGUUGUCAGAAUGUGGAUGCAGCAUCUAUGAUUUCCAAUUCUUUGUUGAAAGGACAACUGGACUUACUUCAAGUAAGUCCAGUUGUCCUUUCCAAAAGAAGGUCAGAUUUGAUCCAUUAGACCACAAGACAAUUUUCCUCAUCCCCUCAGUCCACCUUAAAGGGAUAAUCCGGCAUAAAAUGAAUAAAGGGUCAAAUACACCAUAACACCGAGUUAGACUACCCCUCUAGAGAUGAAUGUUGCCGACCGCUUGCUUCUCUAGUUAUACCAACUUUAGUAACAACCGCAGGAUAGCAAUACAGAGAGCCACGCACUCAACCAAAAUGCCACUCUAUAGCCACAAAUAAUGCUCAGGGCAGCACCUAACUUCAUCAACAGUACAUAUAGGGUCCCAGCCAUUGUACUAGCCACCAAACAUCUUUUUAACUUUGCCUGAUUUCUUUAGCAAAGAGACUUAACACAACUCACCUACUCUCUUCCAGCAGCCACUCCUUUGUAGGUCUUUGGACAAACAUCAGGUGUGAGAAGUUUUGACAUUUUCAGGGUCUCACACAAAGUUAGAUAAUAAUAAUAAUAAUAUUAAUAAUAAUAAUAAUGAUAUUACUAAUACUACUCCUAAUGAUAAAAAAAAAAAAAUAAUAAUAAUAAUAAUUAAAUUGAGAGGAAUAAUAAUAACAAUAAUAUUAACGACGACGAUGAUGAUGAUAAUAAUAAUAAUGAUAAUAAUAAUAAAAUGAAUAAUAAACUAAUCAUACUACUGCAACUACCACUAAUAAUAAUAAUAAUAAUAAUAAUAAUAAUAAUAAUAAAUAAAUAAAUAACAAUAAUAACUAGAAAAGCACUCGGAGAGCGUUGACCUCCGCCAAGCAGCUCAUGUCCCCCCUUAUAUUGUGAUUCACACCAAAACUUGUAGUGUUUCGUGUCUUUUAUUAACUUUUAUUUGUGUUUAAACUGGAAUGUUCACUGUUCAUAAUGUUCCUAAAUCAAGAAAUGCCCUGACCCGGAUUUGAACCCAGGACCUUCUUACUGUGAGGCGACAGUGCUAACCACUACACCACUGUGCCGCCCAUCUACACCAUUGUGCCGCCCAUUGGUUAUCUUUCAGCAUUGAAAAUUCCAACAACACCCUUAUUUUUGUGUGUUCUGGAUCACAGUAUCCGGAAUUUUGUCUGGAUCAGGAUCAACUUUUGACACCUCAUAAAACUCAUUGAGAUCCUUUUGUGUAAUUUUUUAUUAAAGACUCUGGUGAAAAUUUCAGGUCAGUUCAUCUGUAACUUUCUCCGUAAAGUUGUUCACAGACAAACAAACAAACAAACAAACAAACAAACAAACAAACAAACAAACAAACGCUACCGAAAACAUAACCUCCUUGGCGGAGGUAAUAAUAAUAAUAAUAAUAAUAAAAAUGAUGAUAAUAAUAAUAAUAAUAAUAAUAAGAAGAAGAAGAAGAAGAAGAAGAAGAAGAAGAAGAAGAAACAGAAACCCAAACCCCAAAAGAAAUCAGCAGUUUUUUUUUUUUUAUUAGAAGUUGAAAUUUUCUCUCCACAAACUUGAAGGUCCUGAAGGUUUUUAUUGUGUGGACAUGUUCACUGAGAUGGUCAGCUUCAUGUUUUUCUGAACUCUCUUUUGAAGAAGAAUACUUCACAGGUUUGGCCAAACUUGGCCGAGUGGAAACUGCCUGUCUGGGGAAACUUCACAUGUGGAUGUGUUUGGUGAAAAAUGAUGAGCCUGAGGAGGUUUAUUGGGUCAGCAGAAUAACAAUGAGAGCAUCCUGGUGCUGUUUGACCCGUCUGAGGAGGAUGUGAGUCAGCGGCAUGCCCGUCCGGCCCGCCUGCCUGCUCCACUUAUCUUUGGUGUGGAAACCAGCGGGGGUGUGUUGGUUUUGGGCUGUUCAGUGACUCAGCCAUGUUUCUGCUCUGAUCGCCGAUAGAUUCAUAGAUCACCCGAGUUAUCCGACCCCGCUGCUCUCCUCUUGCGGCCUGUGACAGGAGUGGACAGCUGAGUGUAAUCCUCUGCCCAGCAGAUGCUCCCUGCGCUGAUAUGUAGGACAGGCUCGCAGGUUUGAUCUCUCUCUCUCUCUGGAUGUAAUGUGUAGAGCCGCUGGUCUUUGGAGCUGUAAUCCUGGGCUCUCGCACCGAGGCCCGUCGAGGCCCGAGUGUCAGCAACACAUUUUUCCCUCUCACACACACACAGAGUGAAACACGCACACACACACACUCAGGCUGCAUCACUGACACCUUUGAGCUAAAUAUACAGCGAGUGACAACGACAGGUGACCGGGCUCCUCCACAGACCGGCCCUCGGACACCAGAGGUCACAGGGUAUACGACUGUAACUCUGUGUGUGUGUGUGUGUGUGUGUGUGUGUGUGUGUGUGUGUGGACGGGGGGAGGGGUGGUGGUGUUUGGCUGUCAGAGACUACCUCAGCUCAGUGUGGUCUGAGCUCAGAUCCAAACGCAGCCCAGUCCUGGGUCCCCCUCUCCUCUAAGCCAGCUGGUCUGGCUUAAAAACUCUUUUUCUUUCUUUCUUUUUUAAAACCUGUACUUGUUUGAUACAAGGAUUGAGCGAGCGGCGCGCCCACAGCUGGAGCUGCUGGGAACCUUCCAGGUGAAGACAGGACGGAAAGCACAGGUGAGUCCACUAAAUCUGGUUCUGGACGUUCAGGUGUUGGAUCUCGAGAAGAAUGUAGCUGUGCAGAGGAGAAAUAGGAGCCUGUGCGAAGUUACGACAAGUUCGAACAGAAACAAAAGACUGUCUGUGUUUCCGAUCUUGACCACUAGGGGGCAGCAGAAACAGGCUGUUUAUAUAAGACGAAUUUGAGAACAUUAACGCGCACAGUGAGUUUGCAGAAAGUUGAUCAGAAACCAGAUAAGGCUUGAGCUCAGUUUUUGGUCUCCACCACUUUCCCAGAGGAACCUGUCUUUUGUUGCAGCUAAAUUGUUGAUUAAGUUUCUGCGGUUGUUUCUCUAACUGAGUUGCUCUGCUGUUGGCUUUUAUAGACAGGACACAGAUAUUUAAAUAAUAGACAAGUUUAAAGUGUAGUGAUGGCUGCACAGUCGAUUGUGAGGUUUUAAUAAUAAACUUGUCGUUGCUGUUUGGUGGAAAAUGACGUAAUGAGUUUGACAUGUUUUUUUCUCGGCCUACACGAGUGAAUGCUGUUACACAAUUUCCAACAAUCACACAUAUUUUAAUCUCUGGUUACUUUUUCUGGACACAAAGAACUUUUAUACAUGUUUUAAAACUUUAAAAGCUUAAAUCUUUGAAUUUUUUAGAGCUGAAAGACACUGAAGCGACCUCUUUGUCUGUUUGUUUGUUUGCAGUGUGAAUGAUAACUUAAGUUAGUUUUUUAAUUACAGAUAAUGUCUCCUCUGUUUGUCAUAAUUAUAAAACCCAUUAUUAGAAGUUGCUAAUGUUAAGGUUGCACAUGCAGAAAAUUGACAGUUUAAAAACAAUAAUGUUCCAUCUAAAUGUUUGAUAUUGAUUAAAAUGUCCAACGUAAAUAUAAUUACUUAAUUAGUUCAUAUCAAGCAAAAAUAUUCAAUUGGAAACUUUUUUUUUUUUUACUUAGCCUAAUAUUAAACUAAAAUAUUAAAUUUUAAAUCUAAAUAUCAAAUCUGUAUCUUCACAUUAAAUUUAUGUCUAAAUGUUAAAUAUUUGUGUCUGAAUCUUUAAUUUAAAUAAUAAAUAUCAUAAUUGGUGGAAAUUAACAUUCAGCUCAUAUUCAGAUUCACUCUCUGGCUUUCAGAUAAUUUCUGCAUUUCUAUAAACAUGUGUUUUUUGGAUGUUUCGCAUCGUCAGAUUUAAAGUAAGUUGAUUUUAAUUUCAUUCAGAAUCAUUAUUGAUGGAUUUCAGCUGUUCUAUGGUUGUCAUUGAUUAAUCUUUGUCUGAGAGCAAUUAUAGACAUUUAAAGAAAACAAAGUCAUUAUUUUUUCCUGAUACAGAUAUGAACAGAAUAUCAUACCUAUAAAUGUGAGCAUGGUUAUACAAACAGCUGCACGUUCACAUUAAAGUUAACGUCAUCUGUUAUGAAAAUUUAAAACACAAAAAUCAAAAUUUGGUCAUUGCAGAUUCACUGUUGGUUCCAGUUUGGAUAUAAAAAACACAAAAAGAACACAAUCUUCAACAUGUUUACCAGUUUUAACAGUUUUUUUAUGUGUUUGAUUAAAAUUCCUGUUUUGAUUAGUGAAGCACAUAAAAGCCCUGAAUUUAAAGUUAGAACAUGUAAAGUUAUAAAUAAAAAAGUGUCCUGUUUCCACUGUGAAUGUUCUACUUUAUAUUGAUUAAUAUUAAAAACAGUACUUUACUGUUAUGGGUAGAGAAGGAACUCACUUUGAAUAUAUUUCAUCUAGAACCGCAAUUUGUGAUUUUUCAGCCUGUUAAAAUGCUUUUUUUCCUGAAAUCGAUAGAGUAACUGAUGAUUUGGUUUGUAGAAAUACUGAUCAAAAUGAGUCAGACACUUUUAAAAUGUUCAUUAUGUCAACAAGCAGUUCAAAUAAUUUCAACAUUCAUGAUAUCCUUUUUUUAAUCAAAGUGCAACAUUUUAACAAUUGACAUGAUAAAACUAAAAUAAAUCAAAAUUUUUAACAAAAAAAAUGAUUUUUAAAAAAUAUAUAUUUUUAUAUUUCUAUAUAUCUGUUUUCAUAUUUCAGUUAGCAAUUAAUUUAUUUACUUAUUUACAUGUGUGAUUUGUGAGAUGUCAUUGUGCAGUUGACCUUCAGGGCCACCGUAGUUAAAGGAUAAACUUUAUUACAGUUUAUCUAAAAUAAUCUCUUGUGUUUUGUAAGAGCAUGUAUUUAAGUUGAAAUUUUAAACUUUAUUGCAGUAAAAUGUAGAUUUCUUCCUCGGAGUUUUAGUUUUAAAAGUGUCCACUGGGCGGCGGUAUUGAGCCUGAACUAGUGAAUAAAUGUUGACUGAUUUUUUUUUUUAGAGUUGGUAAACCAUAGACCUGUUGAAAAUAUUGAAUAAAACACUAAUAAUAAACGCUAAAGUGAUAAAAUCGUUACUUUUAUGAUUAAAUUCAGGUCAAAGUUCAUAUUUAUACUCUUUUUUCAUCAGACUUCACUUCAAACCUCUCACGAGCUCCUCUUCUGUUUGUUUCCUCUGCGCGCGCGUCUGUGCGCGUGUGCCGAUGCCGCCUCCUGACGUCCAGGUGCUGACAAGCCUGAAGAAGCGCGUGCUCCCGGAGACUAACGCAUGGACUGAACCGCUGGACGGAGACCCGCAGGAAUCAGAGGAAAGUGACCGAGCGGAGAGGUAAGAAGACGGGCUGAGGCGAGGUGUGCGGGACGGUGUCAGAGGUGUCUGUAUGUGUGUGUGAGGUGCGGAGCGUGCGGGUUUGACACGCCAGGAAACAAACAGAAGCGGGAUAAUCCUCGUCGAGUGUCAGCGUGGAUCUUUGCUGUCGUUGACAGAGUCAGGAGGAGCUGGAACAUCUCCGGACAACUUUGUUUUCUUCACCAGGAGGUUCAGAGUUUACUGCCGGCAGCUGAACCUCAUGUAACGGGGCUGAUCGGUCUGCUCCCCCCGGCUGAGACUCGUGAGGACACUCGGGAAGUUUUCCGUCGCUCCAUGUGAGGAAUGACAGAGUUAUUUUUUUUCAGCCACAGAGGGUAAGAGGAGCUGAUUCACAACUUUGUGAUUUUGGGAGAACAUUUCAUCUUUAGUCUGUUUUAAGACGCGUUGGUGAAAUUUCCUCUCCCACGAUAACGUACAAGGAGUCAGGGCCGGAUGGAGCACUUUAGGGGGCUCAGGCAAACCUGCACUGAGGUCUCUGAGUCCCCUUUGGUCUGCUGGAACACAAAUAGGAGUUGAGGAUAUUUCCUGUAUUAGGGGAGAGUGGGGUAAGAUGAGUCUUUUUUCAUAUUUUGGAUCACUAUAUCAAGUCAAUCAUAGUUUUGUCUCUAACUAGUGUAUCUGCAUAUAUUUCAGGAUGUUGUGCAUUCCUGCAAACCAACAGAAUGAUUGUGCCGAAAAAGUGGUCUCCUAUGGUCAAGUUAUCCCAGAACUACUAUGAUGACUUUAUUAGUCCUCUAAGCUAAAAUGGUGGACUUUUAUGUUAGGUUUUUGGCCUCAUGUUGUAGCUCAUAGAUACCACAAUUGAUGUACAAAACAAAUUUAAAAUGAUCUUUUUUGGUCUGAACACAAUUCUAAUCAAACUUUUGACAGAUUAAAUUCACUUUCAAGAGUGAAAAAUGUUUUUUGUGCUUCUAAAAACCAUACUCAGUGAAUUGAUGCCCAUCUCCUAAAUAUUUGGUCACAUGAUCAAUUUCUUUAACCAUUUCCAAGAAACAGGGGGUGGCUCAACUUACCCUUUGGCUCAACUUACUCCACUCUCUCCUACAGCUCUUAGUAAAGUUUGGCUUCUUUGUGAAAGAUCAGAGUUAAAAUUGCGACACGUUCAUUUCAGUCAUUUUUUAGUAAACCGGCUGUGACGCCACCUUUAAAUUUUAUGUGUGUGUGUGUGUGUGUGCUUGGUAGCGUAGGUGUGACAAAUUCCUCGGACAAACUACAAACGUCUCUUAUCUUGUUUUUCUUUAAACCUUAUCUUGUUUCAUCAGUUGAAAACAUGAUCUGGAUUGUUUCCUUUUGCCCGUCUUGACUUGUUAAUGCAACAAGUUUCCAUCGAGGCAGAUGUUCGGCUCUGACGUCAUUGUUUUACAAAAAAAAGGCUUUCGUUUUACAACUUUUACAAAGAAACGUAGGUAACCAUUCAUUAGUCGGUGCUUUUUAUUGUCUGCAUGGCCUGAUGCAGCAUCUAACCCCCAAUUUUCACGGCAUCCAGCAUGGCUCCAAUCCUGAAAGGCGGUGAUUUUCGCCGUCUGCCAAUUCCUACCAGAUCUGUUGGUGAGGCGAAUUUCAGACAGCGGUAAUCGCGAGAACUCACAAGAACCCACAAAUUCACACGCAAUCACGCGAGAACGAGUUGUCUAUAUAAAGACAGCCAUAUAGACAUAUAAGCAGUAGAUUGUGUCCUUCCAGAGGAGGAAAUCUACUUCUAGACUUCUAGAAUCAGCAUCUCCUCAUCCAUGGUGUCAUCGGGGUGAAAUGACGUCUAAAAACCUUUCACUUGUUCGUCUCCGCCUGUUUGCAUGGUGUGAAAUACGAUCCUCCUAAAACACGGCGUGUUUUAUUUUGAAAAGAAGCUGGAUGUUUUAUUUUAUGUCUGUGCCCGACGUCCUUUCCAGUAUGGGUUAAUCUGUGCUGAAUUUAUCCACCAUGCUCUUGCGUCCGGAAAAACUAGAAAUCUUGCAAUCAGCUGCGGAAUGGAAAGAAGCUGGUGGAAAUUGAAACAUUAACUUGAAUGGUUACGAUUAGCUGCGAUUGGCGGAUACGGCCUUUUCAUAGCCGUUCCAGAUGCGGUGGAAAUUGGGGGUAACACCUGUGUUUCUCCACUGGCCAGCAGGGGGCGACUACACUGGUUGCAGACAUAAGCUCAGUGAGAACAUGUGCUUGAUUCACUCAGUUAACAUGUUUCUGCUCCUAAUCGGAAGUUUGAAGUCUCCUCCAUCACCGCAGAUGGAUUAUUUAGUCGAUAACAGGCUGAUUUAGAGUCAAACUGAGGGUAAAGUUAGGUAUAAUUCAGGUCAGGGCGACUGCUUCUCUUGGCUCCUGAACGUCAGUCCACAAACAUCUGGGUGUAGUUCUGUGCACUCCUUCACUAUAGUCUGUGCUUUUGCGUUAAUGUGGCGGAAGUCAAACAUGCUUUCGCUAAUUUGUUGUCUAAAUUGUUGACAAAUCUGCGGCGGCUCUGGCUCAGGAGGAAGAGCCGGUCGGCCGCUAAUCACAGGGUCGGCAGUCCAAUCCUCUGCUCUUCCUGUCCACAUGUCAAAGUGUCCUUGGGCAAGACAUGGAAAACCCAAGUUCCUCCAGAUGGUGUGGUUCUUUCUGGACUUAGAACUAUUUAAACCUUUUUACCUUUAAAGCGUUAGCGUCUCCUGUUUUGCAGAUAUGUCGCUGAAGCACUUUAAAGUCGUUUUUAUUCGUGAAGAUUUCCUGAAGUCAAACUCACAUCACAGUCUGGAGAAAGAGGUGUGUGCUGUGAAGAAGUUGCAGAUGUAGGUGAAAUAUUGUUCACGUAUGUCGAGCAUGUGUUUGCGGCAUCUGUGCCACAGUGUGAGUCACUUAUAGGGGCAUCCCUGACCAAACCACAUUUAUCAGAUCAAGUUUCCCACCUCGGCGACUCCGGACUUCUCUAUCUUUAUUCGGGGUCUGGCGCUGAGUGAAAAAGUCCCUGAUCUGGCUGAGGGGGAUUCUGUGUUUACUAUCCUCUAAAUCUGAUAAUGUCUUCACAAACUGUCCACAGAGGACACUUCAUGCUCCUCUCUGCAGUAACAAGAAACGUUUACAAUACAUAAGGAAGCAGCCUGCAGCCAAAAAGGCUCAGACAGAGGGAGGCCUGUGUGUUACAUGAUACAGUACACCAAAUGUUGCGUACAGUGUCUUUCUCUGUGAUUGUCAUGUGGUUUUACAGCGAUAAAGAGCUGUAACUCUGAAAAAAAGGAUCUUUGCACCCACUCUGUGUUAUUGUGAGGAUAAUCUGUGUCAUUAUAGUCAAUAAUAAAUCGCUUUAAUUGCCGCGGUUAUACUUCAGAGUUCGCAGAGUUUACCCGGAUAAAGCUUCGAUUCACUGAGCUGAUCAUUUUACAGAAUUUAUCCUCUUUUCAGUCACAUCACUUUCCCUUCAGGGACCAAACAUGGACAGGUCUAAAUUUGGAUGCUUUGUGAGUUCACUGCUGUAUAGUACACUGUGUACACUCUGUUUUUAUUUGCACGCUGUUGAUUUUAAAUGAGUGGUUUAGUCUCAGCUCGGCUGUUAAGACUGAAGCAGAAAUGACUGAGGCUGACCAUUCCUUAGAUUUAAACGUGUUAGCAAACAGACUUUUUGACAUUUAAUGAGAUCUGAUGCCCAGAACAGGUUUGAAUUUAUGCACAUUUAUGCAAAACAGAUCCAGACUUUUAAUAACUAGCAGGCCGAAAAUGACAUCCUCCUGCAGAAAACUCUAUUUUACCUUUUGUGCACAACAAUUAUAAACAUUUUAUGUAUCAAGUGCAUGCAUAACAUAAAUAUGUGUGUGCAUAGCAGAUAAUAUCAUGUGCAUGCAAGAUAUUAACUUCAGAGAACACAAGAAAAUAAUAAGUUAAUAAAUUAUGCACAAUGUCAGUAUCUUGUUGUAAUAUGUCAUCGUCUCGUAUGCACCGGUUAAUUUCUAAUGCACUCAAGAUAUGAUCUUGUGCAUGCAAGUUAUAAACUAGAAAUGCACCGAUCCAUUUUUCUGCGAUCCAAUCCGAUACUCAUACCUGGACUGAGUGUAUCGGCCGAUAUCCGAUACCAAUACUACUGCUGAAUGAAUGAACUGUAUACCUUGCCCUGUGAGUGAAGGCAUCAGGCUUGACCAUAGACUGUAUAUAGAAUGGACAGAGUCUGCCUCCUCGCUGGGUGAAGCCACUCUGAGAACAGCACCCUCUUUUGAUGGGCUGCAGUAUAGGUCAUAAAUCCCGCCUCCGCCAGCAAAGCUUAUGGAGCUGUGCACAAACUUUAGAAAUUUAUUACACAGAACAUAAUUUUUUCUCCCCCCUGCUUGUGAUGUUGAAAUGUAGUUAUUGUAAGACUGGUUUGUGCUCAAGUCCUCUUUUUUCUGUGAAGCUCUGUUUUUAAAAGUUAUUAGGGGGUUCAUAUUGGCUAUGAUUGACACCUGAUAUAGCCUAUUGGCGUUCAGGGAUUGCGUAGCUCACCCGGGGGACACGCUGUUUGAGCCGAGCGUCAUCACAGCGACUCUCUGCGACUGUGCGGCCGAAUGCGCGCAUUGCUACUGCGCAGUGCUGGUUUCAGGAAAUGAAGAAAAAUCCCGGAAAUACCGAGAGCUAUUUGGCUUCAAAUCCGUAUACAGGUGGGAGGUGGAACCAAGUUGUCCAUAGUAUAUACAGUCUAUGGGCUUGACAUUAGCCUUGUUUCAAAAAGGUAACAACUUAACACAGAUAUAAAUUUACCUAAUAUUAUUUAUUAACAAAUAACAAAUUACACAUGAGCACACAGCAGAAAGAAGUAUGAAGAAGUAAUACUUCCAUGAAUUAAAAGAAAAAUUAAUUAAAAGAAAAAAAAGACCGGAUCGGAAUGCUCGAAUUAUUCAUCCGAUAUCUGAUCCAGUUAAUUUGUCAAUAUCAGAGCUGAUAUCUGAUCCAAAUAUCGGAUCGGUGCAUCCCUUAUAUACACCAUGUUUCUGCGCAGCUAAGUUAGCAAGCUUGUAGUGGUAGUUUUUUCUUAACAGUAAAAGCGGUCGAAUCAGAAUUAAAGGUUUACAGACUUGUUUCCUAGCAUACGUAAAGGUAUAUUCCAGUGUAAAAUUAAUUUAGGCUCAAACACACCGUGACACCGAGUUAGUUACCGCUUCGAGAGAUGAAUGUUGCCGACUGCUUGCUUCUCUAGUUGUACCAACUUUAGUAACGACCAUAGGAUAGCAAUACAGAGAGCCACACGCUCAACCAAAACGCCACUCUAUAGCCACAAAUAAUGCUCAGAACAGCACCUAACUUCAUCAACAGUACAAAUAGGGUCCCAGCCAUAGUACUAGCCACCACACAACUUUUUAAAUUGACUAAUUUCUUUAACAAAGAGACUAAACACAACUCACCUACUCUCUUCCAGCAGCCGCUUGUUUGUAGCGAGACCUCAGGCGAGUCCAUUAGAGACUACAGCGGGGUGAUGCAGCUCAAGGAAGAACAUUUAUGAUCUUUUCUUCAUGGAAAUGCAAUCAGACCGAGACGCUAAGGCAGAAGAACUACCGCGUCUAAAGUGAAAAAUGAUUAAUAUGGUGAUUAUUACUUCAAGGAAAUGAUGAAGUAAUGAUCAUAAAUGUUCUUCCUUGAGCUGCGUCACCCCGCUGUAGUCUCUAAUGGACUCGCCUGAGGUCUCGCUACAAACAAGCAGCUGGUGGAUGAGAGUAGGUGAGUUGUGUUUAGUCUCUUUGCUAAAGAAAUUAGUCAAAGUUAAAAAGAUGUUCGGUGGCUAGUACUAUGGCUGGGACCCUGUAUGUACUGUUGAUGAAGUUAGGUGCUGUUGUGAGCAUUAUUUGUGGCUAUAGAGUGGCCUUUUGGUUAAGUAUGUGGCUCUCUGUAUUGCUAUCUACGGUCAUUACUAAAGUUGGUAUAACUAGAGAAGCAAGCGGUCGGCAACAUUCCUCUCUGGAGGGGGUGUCUAACUCAGUGUUACUGUGUGUUUGGCCCUAAAUUAAUUUUAUGCCGGAAUAUCCCUUUAAAAACCCAGAUGUGAGUGGUGUUAGUUUUUUUUUUUAAUCACAUAUUCAGUUCAACGAUGAAGUUCUUCUUAUCUUAUCAUAAAAAUAAAGUUAGUAAUCCUGAAACAUCAAUCUUUUCACCUCUGCGUGCGUGUUUAAGGUGACGUCCAUCCUCCAGGUGCAGCAGGUCUAAAAAGAGUUUACAGAGAGUUGGAUGAAGGAGACCUAACACCCUCCACCGACCACCCACCCUCCCUGGCUCUCUGACACUGAGACAUGCAGAGUGUCCUGCCAAGGAAUACAAGGGCACUGCCACAUGUCGCCCAUUAGCCCUCCGCCGCUGCGUGCGGCAUUCACACACAGUAUGUACAUGGACGUAUGAAAACAGGCCUCCACAUAGGCUCCAACUCUUCCUCUGCAGGUCCAUCCUGUUGGAAAAUAAUUGGCAUGGGAGCAGCUGAGGACUGCAUGAGAUGGCUGAUUUCCAUCCCUCCCUCUACUCUCCAGUCGCUCACUCAGUCUGUGAAACCAGAAACUGCUCGUAUUGUUGUUUGGGGUAAAAAGUUCAUUCUUUUAUUUUUGGAGUCCUUCUGCUUUACACUGAGCCUAAAAAUAGCGCCGAGGUUUGUGCACGUGGGCGUGUGGAGGGUGAGCUGGGUGGAGAUUUGCUGUCAUCCUGGAAAAGAUCAAGCUCUGCAUUAAAUCAUACCUACAGAUAACAGCGAACGCCCGCACACUGAUCUUGAUUGUUUUAUGCAAUCUUCUCUCGGCUCCUCACAUCUCGCUUUGGCCUAAAAUUCCCUUCACGACAACAUGCUGAGUGUGCUCGUCUGCAGGAGCUCUAAAUUUAAACCGUGUUGAUCCUUGUUCUGUUUUCCUGAAGCGAGGUAGGCUCACAGGCAGCGUGACUCAGACUCUAGAUAUUCAUGUAAUGUUCUCCGGCUGGCGUGUUGCUGCUCGCUGCAGAUCAUUUUGAUUGUAUCGUGUCGCUCCAUUUAAUCAAAGUGUUUGGUUUUAUUGUGGCAAAACACAUCAAUUAAGACUUCAUGUCAGAGGCUGUCAGUUCAUAUCGAGCCAUUACUAAUGUGGAAAAACAUGAGAGAGAGAGAGGGAGAGAGAGAGGGGGUGGAACUACACAGCCCUGCAAUUAACGAUUACUGUCACCAAUUCAAUGAUCUGUGGAUCAUUAUCUGUAUUAAUCGAUUAAAGCUUUGGCCAUUAAAACGUCAGACAGCUCCCAGAGCCCAAAGUGCUGUCUGCAGGUUUUUUCCUGACACUUAAAAAUUAGACUUCAUCAAAUCAUUCAGAAAGGCCAUAGGUUUCCUAACCGAGGGAACCAGAAGGAAAAAGGAUAUCAAAGUUUUAAAGUUUACUAAAUAAUGGAUCAAAUUUAGUCUUUACUGAGUUCAGUUUUCUGAACUUUACUGAGGAGUAAAGUUAAUAAAUAUUCGGAAAACAAGCGGUAAAAGAUUAAUAUCAAAGCUUUGGUCCAUUCACUUAUUUGGUUACUUAGGUUUCUUUUUUCCAACCAAAGCAAGAAACAAAACACAUUUACAGACAACACAACUCUGUAAACCUCACUUUUUACCUCACUUUGAAAACCUCAAAUUUUAACCUCACCUUUAAACUUUACUUUUUUUAACCUCACUUUUUAACCUCACUUUAAAAUUUCAACCUCAUUUUUAACCUCACUUUUUAACAUUACUUUUUAACCUCACCUUUAAAACUCACUUUUUUAACCUUACCUUUUAACCCCAAACUUUAACCUCACUUUUUAACCUCAACUUUAACCUAACUUUAAAAUUUCAACUGUAACCUCAAUUCAAACCUCACUUUCUAACAUCACUUUUUAAACUCACUUUUUAAAACAACUUUUUAACCCCAACUCUAACCUCACCUUUAAACUUUACUUUUUAAGCUCACCUUUUAACUUGACUUUUUUAAACACAACUUCUGAACCUCACUUUUAAACCUCAAUUUUAACCUUACUUUUUAAGCUCACCUUUUGACCCUACUUUAAAAUUUCAACUUUAACCCCAAUUUUAAACUCACUUUUUAACCCUUGAGCAUCACACCAUGACCUCACAUUAUAAUGUCACGUCAGAACUCAAUUUCAAAGUACUUCAACUUUGGGACGACAACCUUGUAAUGCCACUUCAUACCAGUUGGUGACACAGCUUGGUGACACCUCUCUAUGACGCGACUUCCUAAUACUACUCAGUAGUGCCACCACCACAGAACGUUGCGUAAAUUAUUUUUUGUGAGUGUGUGUAUUAUGGAUUUUUUUAAAAAAUAAAUCCAAUCUCGUUAUUUAUUUAUUUUUUUUCUUAGCCAAGAGUUGUUCCUACCAAUCUAAACUCUUGAUUUCACAAAUGUAACCCCGCUUCGUAACGCCACAUGACCUUGCCGCCGCCCCGUUACUACUUUACACACUUAAGUUCCUGCAGAAAAGAAAACUGGACUCUUGCUCAGCAUGUUUGUCCGAUACAAACCUGCAGGUGUUUGGCCCUUUCUGUAAACAGUGCAUAUUAGAGGUUAGCUACAUUACUGCACCUGCACUAUCAGAUCUGAUUGGACAGGGAGUUCAGGACAUAAACACGUGUGAGUUCUUGGAAAUGAAAGCAGAUCUUUCUGGUCCAGCAGCUCACACUCUGAUUGGCAUGUUUUUAAUUAUUUUUUUUUUUAACAAUGGAGCGCUCUGGCACUGAGAAAGACGACACACACUCUGCACUUGUUAGCAGAAAGAAAAGCUUGGUGUGACGUCUCUCUGUCAAGGCUUCACUGCAGCAUUGUUCAGCCUCUGUGUGUUUUUUUUCUUCGACUCUUUUCCUCCUUCCUCCCUCCUUAGAAACACACCGGUGUCUGGUUGCUUCUGGACUUUCGAAGGAGGGAAAAGGGACGAGGUUUCGUAGGUGUGUGGCGGGUUUUACUUGGAUGGAGGCAUCUCUGGUUUUUGUUGACUAUCAGGAAAUACUGAUUAGGGAGGCAGUGAUAGCUGCAGCUGGUCAUUAUUGUCCUCGCCUGCUGAUGGUGAAGCGUUUUAGUCUGUAAAGAGUUCAAGUUGGACAAAGAGUGUCAAAAAUAACUGAAACUAAAAGUAUUUGACCCACUAUUGGAGAAAAGAAAGGAAAGAAGCAAAGAAAUUAAAGUAAAUCAGUUUAAAAGCCAACAGGUACUGACUUUAGGCCCUACAACGGGGGUCACUGGAUGUGAAUAAAUAAAUAAAACCACAUUUUAAGCGAGGAAAGGCUUUGAAUAAAUGAGUGGAGCUGAAAUAUUUCAUGCAAAAUCCAGAAAUUCUACAAAAAUGAAUCUGUAUUUGAUGCUUUCAGAUUCUCAAAAGCAGGAAUUUGCAUUAAUUUGGUGUUCAAUGUUAAUUUCAGGUGGUUUGAUUUGUAGUUUUUAAGGACAUUGGAGAGAAAGAAAAAGAAAACAUGAAAAUGCCACGCUGAAAUCUUUUCCCUGAUGAAGGGACUGUUUCUGCCAAACCGUGGAUAAGUGUAACAAUGACAGGGAUGAGAGGUAAAUGAAAAGAGGAACAUUGGAGGAGCUGUUUGGACCUGAAAGAGGCUCGGCGGUCAUUAUCUGCGCUCUUUUUGUUCAGAGAGCACACCUGCGUCAUCCUCUUACGUCUUCACGAAUCCCCAAUUUCAUUCUCCAUUUCCUCCCGCGUGCCUGAGGCCUGGCAGCUCCUGAAAGCGAGCAUGUCUUUUAUUUUCUGCGUCUCUUUUCUGCUCCGUCCUGCUGUGAUGACAGCGACCAAGCUGCCAAGAAAACCUGCCGUGUGUGUGUGUGUUUAUGUUUGUGUGAGUGUGUCUGUCUCACCGUGUGUGAACAUCCAGUUAACUCAGCGACCCAAGCUCUUAAGCUCCACUUCAGGAGCGACACAUGGGUCACAUGGCACACACACAUUACACACAUGCAUUACACUAGCACACACACAGACACACACACACAGUCUGCAUGCACUGGUAGUCCUGCACAGUGAAACACAGAUUUUGUCACUUCUUUGUGCGCUCUGUACCGGCCGCCAAAGCACUGACCUUUUCUGGUGACCGCUUUCGCUGUUUGACAAAAGCGUUCAAACUCAGGGUGAAAAUGAAGAACAUUAAAGCUUCAUCCGCACGCUCUCAAAAACAUGUUUUUGUCCCUGUUUAAUAAAAAGAAGAAAAAAACACUUCUCCCUCUUCAUUUUUUAGCAAACAUGUUUUGAAGAUGGUGACCUUCUUCACAAAAAUCUGAACAAUCUGUCAGACCAAAAACAUUUUCCCAACCGGGCUGCAAACAUCUUUAUUUUGGCUCUAAAAACCGGCUCCUUUUUGUGGAUCAGUGUGUGAACGUGGUCUCUGGUGAACUUAAUGAUCUGCACUUUUUGGCACUUCUGCACCAGCUGUAUUUCUCAAGCUCAGUCCUGAGUCCUGGGGAACAAUCUAUCCAUCCGCCUCUGUGUCACAGUAUAAUGACAUACGACUGAACCAAACAGAACCAACAGGGCAGAGCUGCACAAACCAGCAGCCUGAAGUCUUGGUGCAUGUGCAGUUUUUCCUGCACACACGUCAACAACCAGAUCGAGUUUUCAGAAACCUCCUCUUUGGAAGGCAACCAAACCCCCCUGAUUUCCACUGCAUCCAGAAUGGCUCCAAUCCGGAACGGCAGCGAUUUUCACCAUCCACCAAUUCCUACCAGAUCUAUUUGUGAGGCGAAUUUUGUGGCAGAUUUCAGACAGCAGGAAUCGCGAGAACUAACAAGAACCUGCAGAUUCACGUGCAAUCGCAUGAUAACAAGUUGUCUGUAUAAAGACAGAAACAAAGACCUAUAGGCAGUAGAUUGUGUCCUUCCAGAGGAGGAAAUCUACUUCUAGACUUCUAGAAUCUGCAUCUACUCAUCCAUGGUGUCAUUGGGGUGAAAUGACGUCUAAAAACGUUUCACUUGUUCGUCUCCGCCCGUUUGCAUGGUGUGAAAUAUGAUCAGCCUGAAACAUUGAGUGUUUUUUAUUUUGAAAAGAAGCCGGAUGUUUUAUUUUGUGUCUGUGCCCGACUUCCUUUCCAGCACGGGUUAAUCUGUGCUGAAUUUAUCCGGCAUGCUCGAACGUCCAGAAAAAAGUAGAACUCUUGCAAUCAGCUGUGGAGUCUGGCAAUCCACAGAGGAACGGAAGGAAGCCGGUGGAAAUUGAAACAUUAACUUGAAUGGUUACGAUCAGCCGAUGCGGCCGUUUAGUAGCCAUUAUGGAUGUGGGCGAAAUUGGGGGUUAAACUCUGACAGCAUUGACUCUGCAGAAAACUGGAUACUAAAUUCAUCCUCCACAGAGGAAGAACAAAAAGCUGUGAUCUCAUAUCCAAGGUCUGGGUUCAGUUAAAUCCCCUAAUCUGGACUUCACUGUGCGGGUAUAUGUACUGGCCGCUGUGGAGGCUUUCAACGUAGAAGCCAAGCUCACCAAUGACGAGCAGACUUUCAGAGUUUCUGGUAAACUCUCUUUACUCAAAACUUUCUUCAGACUCCGAGCAGAUAAUUUGGUGCCUGUUUAUUACAGUUUCAGGGAUUUGGAGCAUUUAUUCACCCUGAUUGUUAGUUAUGAACGCGUUAGUGUGAAGAUGCAGGAACAAAUGUGUUGAAGUGAAUAGUUGAGGUAACAGCUGAGGUCCAUUAAAAACAGAACCAGGAGCAGUCAGAAAACGGCGUUUUAGGAGACAAAUGGAGUUGACUAAUGGGUGACGUGUUUCCUGUUUGCCUCCUCGGGUAUCUUUUCCUUUCAGUGAGAGUUAUGCUGUCACACUGUCGAAGAGGAAUGUACACACCCAGGCGCACUGACACAUCCGUUAAUGAGCUUAAUUUUGUAAUAUAUAUACGUACGUGCUGAGAGGUGUCAUUAAAAGUCAGAAGACGAGUCUGAAAGUUGAAAAAGUUCAAACAUGAGUGAGAUGUUUAACCUUCAUCAAAGACCUCUGCUGAUAUCUCAAGAAAAACGUAUUUCUGUCUGUAAAUUUACUCUGAAAAGAAACUUUUUUUUUCAUUUGCAGCUCGUCUUAAAAACAAGGUUUGAUGAAAAAGUGAGGAAUGAUGAGUGUUUUUGUUUGCUUUAUAGGAAACAUCAAACUCUUCUCAUCGAGCUUCUUCUUCCUCAAAGAAACUUUUAAACUUUUUAACCUCAGUUAAAAACAAUUAACCUGAUUGUUUUCAGUUUAGUGUAUUUUUAAAACCCCUUUUUAACCUCAGAGCUUUUAUUUUGUCUCGUUCUAUUAGUUUUUUGUCCUCUCUUGAACACAUUUAUCGCUUUUUUUAAUAUAAAAUUAAUAAAGUUGGAAAGUACCUGCUCGCUCCAGCUUCAGGCGAGCUGUAAAGUCAAAACUUUAGUCUUUAUAUGUGGUUUUCUCCAAGCUGCAGAUGUUUUAAAUGCAGCGCCUGAUAGAGCCAAAACUCACAGCUCUUUUUUAUUUGCAUGCUGACAUGCCCGUCUGUUUCACUUCCUCCUGAGGGCUCAGUAACCCCCCAAGGAAGUCUGUCUGUGGGUGUGUCAGGGGGAUACAGGGCGAGCAUGCGAACAGAUAAAAUGCAGCCUGUCUGUGCGUGCAUGGCGGUUACACUCUGCAUUAUAGCAUGACAUGAUACCCACACGCAAUCCAGCUCUUCCUAAUUAACCGCUGUGUUGGUACAUGCUUCUGUUUGUGAUCCAUCACCGUGGAAAUGUGUCGAUGUUGAAACGCCACCUCCUCAGGUGUGACACUGAUUCCUGAAACCAGUUUAUCCUCUUUAUGUCACCGUGUGUUUGUGUGUGUGUGUGAUACAUUGGUUUUGUGUGUUUAAUGAUGUUGUUUUUGUUUCUGCAGGAGCCAGCAGUUUGGGAUUGAAAAGUGA